GAUCGGGAGCGAGGCUGUGGCGAGUGCGGCGCUGACAGAGACGCGCGCGCGCGACUCAGCUCGGACCCCGGACCGCCGCCGCCAUCACCGCCGCCUGUCCAGUUGCUCCUCAGCCGCUUCUCCUCGCCAUGGAGGCGAGGCCGCCACCGCCGCCGCGGGGUUCCAAGCCGCGGGCCGGGCGGUGGCCCUGAGGGCGUGUGGCGGGCCGAGACGCCGUCGCGGCACCGAGGCGGAGCCGCAGUCCUCGACCCCAGCGGUCCCGCCCAACGCUGGACUCGUUGCAGGUGGCACAACUGAGAAAGGUUUUUAAUGGAAUUCCAAUGAGUGUUGAUGGAUGAUGCAGUUCAAGUAGCUAAAGAGGUCAGCAUGGAUUCCUGGUUCCUCCUUACUCUGCUUGGCAGUGGUCUGAUACAUGUUGGUGCCAGCAACACUACCAUAGUUUCACCUUCAGUAGGCGUUACAAGAUCUGUGAAAGCAUCUACAACAGAAUCACUUAAAGAAGAGACCAAAACGUCAAAUCCUACUCCUUCAGUAACUUCUUCCUUGGCACCAACAUUCAGCCCAAAUCUAACUCUGGGACCCAUAUAUGUAACCACUGUCAAUUCUUCAGACUCUGACAAUGGAACCACAAGAACAGUAAGCACCAAUUCUGUAGUCACUGCAAUUUCACCAAAUGGAACAUGGCUUCCAGAUAACCAGUUCACAGAUACCAGAACAGAACCUUGGGAGGGGAAUGCCAGCACUGCAGCAACCACUCCAGAAACUUUUCCUCCUUCAGGUAAUUCUGACUCGAAGGACAGAAGAGAUGAGACGCCAAUUAUUGCAGUGAUGGUGGCCCUGUCCUCUCUGCUAGUGAUCGUGUUUAUUAUCAUAGUUUUGUACAUGUUAAGGUUUAAGAAAUACAAGCAAGCUGGGAGCCAUUCCAAUUCUUUCCGCUUAUCCAAUGGCCGCACUGAGGAUGUGGAACCCCAGAGCGUACCACUUCUGGCCAGGUCCCCAAGCACCAACAGGAAGUAUCCGCCCCUGCCUGUGGACAAGCUGGAAGAGGAGAUUAACCGGAGAAUGGCUGAUGACAAUAAGCUCUUCAGAGAGGAAUUCAACGCUCUCCCUGCUUGUCCUAUCCAGGCCACCUGUGAAGCUGCCUCCAAGGAGGAGAACAAGGAAAAAAAUCGAUACGUAAACAUCUUGCCUUAUGACCACUCUCGAGUCCAUCUGACACCAGUUGAAGGAGUUCCAGAUUCUGAUUACAUCAAUGCUUCAUUCAUCAAUGGCUACCAGGAAAAGAACAAAUUCAUUGCUGCACAAGGACCAAAGGAAGAAACGGUGAAUGAUUUCUGGAGGAUGAUCUGGGAACAAAACACAGCCACUAUUGUCAUGGUGACCAAUCUGAAGGAGAGAAAGGAGGGCCCUUUGCAUCUGCUAGGGGUGGAAGGCCUGAAGUCAGGGGGAUGCAUGUCUGUUCCUUUCCAGUGUAAGUGUGCCCAGUACUGGCCAGACCAAGGCUGCUGGACUUACGGGAAUAUCCGUGUGUCAGUAGAAGAUGUGACCGUGCUGGUGGACUACACAGUGCGGAAGUUCUGCAUUCAACAGGUGGGCGACGUGACCAACAGAAAGCCACAGCGCCUCAUCACUCAGUUCCACUUUACCAGCUGGCCAGAUUUUGGGGUGCCUUUCACACCGAUUGGCAUGCUCAAGUUCCUUAAGAAGGUGAAGGCCUGUAACCCUCAGUAUGCAGGGGCCAUCGUGGUACACUGCAGUGCGGGUGUAGGACGCACAGGUACCUUUGUCGUCAUUGAUGCCAUGCUGGAUAUGAUGCAUACAGAGCGGAAAGUGGAUGUUUAUGGCUUUGUGAGCCGGAUCCGGGCACAGCGCUGCCAGAUGGUGCAAACAGACAUGCAAUACGUCUUCAUAUACCAAGCCCUUCUGGAGCAUUAUCUAUAUGGGGAUACAGAACUGGAAGUCACCUCUCUAGAAACACAUCUGCAGAAAAUUUAUAACAAAAUCCCAGGGACCAGCAACAAUGGAUUAGAGGAGGAGUUUAAGAAAUUAACAUCGAUCAAAAUCCAGAAUGACAAGAUGCGGACCGGAAACCUUCCAGCCAACAUGAAGAAGAAUAGGGUUUUACAGAUCAUUCCAUAUGAAUUCAACAGAGUGAUCAUUCCAGUUAAGAGGGGUGAGGAGAACACAGACUACGUGAAUGCAUCCUUCAUUGAUGGGUACCGGCAGAAAGACUCCUACAUUGCCAGCCAGGGCCCUCUGUGCCACACAAUUGAGGACUUCUGGCGAAUGAUUUGGGAGUGGAAAUCUUGCUCUAUCGUGAUGCUAACAGAACUGGAGGAGAGAGGCCAGGAAAAGUGUGCCCAGUACUGGCCCUCUGAUGGACUGGUGUCGUAUGGAGACAUCACAGUGGAGCUGAAGAAGGAGGAAGAAUGUGAGAGCUAUACCGUCAGAGACCUCCUGGUUACCAACACCAGGGAGAACAAGAGCCGGCAGAUCCGGCAGUUCCACUUCCAUGGCUGGCCUGAAGUGGGCAUCCCCAGUGAUGGAAAGGGCAUGAUCAGCAUCAUUGCAGCCGUGCAGAAGCAGCAGCAGCAGUCAGGGAACCACCCCAUCACCGUGCACUGCAGCGCGGGGGCAGGACGGACAGGGACCUUCUGUGCCCUGAGCACAGUCCUGGAACGGGUGAAAGCAGAGGGGAUUUUGGAUGUCUUCCAGACCGUCAAGAGCCUGCGACUGCAGAGGCCACACAUGGUCCAGACACUGGAACAGUAUGAGUUCUGCUACAAGGUGGUGCAGGAAUAUAUUGACGCGUUCUCAGAUUAUGCCAACUUCAAGUGAGAGGCAAUGAGGCCCCGUGGACAAGAGAAUUGCCUUUAAUAUUUUGUAAUAUUCUGUUUUGUUAAUAUACCCCAAAUUGUGUAUAUAUCUUACAACUGUUUUAGAAAUUGGUACAUAGGCUUCUAUUACCUAUUAGGUGGAGAUUUUAUAUGUAAAUGUGUUAGCACUGAUAGUCCUUUUUCCAAUGUUUUAUUGGGGAAUUAAAUAGUGUGAUGUUUGGAUUGAUAUCAUGAAAUCCUCUGCCUGGAAGUUUGGCUUGAUUGUUCUUUGGUUUAUAUCGAUACAUCUUUUCCUAAAGAAGAAACACAAAAUUCAUUUCAGGUAGCUAGGCAUUAACUAAGAAAAAAAGCACAAAGUUAUUAGAGCUCUUGAGGAAAUUGGUUGUCCCAGUGCCCCCAGUCAGACCACUGUCCCCUCCUGCUCUGUAAAUAAUCUCUCCCCUCUCUACCCUUGACCCCUUCUCGUACUGCCCACAUCCCACCAUGGGGAGUAAAGGGACCAGAGUGGUAUCUCUGGCACCACACUAGGGAUUAUCAGGUAAUAAAAGCUUUGACUCCCUGA